AAAAUCCGACGUGGUAUUGAAGCAAAUGAACACGGUCGUUCACACCCAAAAUAAUAAUCAACACGGCCGUGCGCGGCAGUAAACACCAGCAGUUAAAAUACGAAACAACAAACCCCACCCACCAAUAAACAAACCAUGACCUCCAAACCCGAACCCAUCCUCUACUCUUCUCUACCAUCCAACCCAAAUUCCCAACCAACUACCGUCCAAAACUACGUCGUUUUACCCAUCUACUAUCCCACGCGCCACCGUUUCCUCCGCCACCUCCGGCGCAACUUCCUCUCUAUCUCUCUCCUCCUCCUCCUCAUCCUCGCCGUAUUCCUCCUCUUCCCUUCCGACCCCGAACUCCGACUCGUCCGUCUCAAACUCAACCACAUCCGAGUCAACUCCGAUCACCACCUCUCUCUCGACCUUUCUCUCUCUCUUACCCUCAAAGUUCGCAACCCCGAUUUCUUCUCUGUCAAUUACGACGCUUUGAAUGUGUCGAUUUCGUAUCGUGGGAGGGAAUUAGGGUUUGUGAAUUCUCAUGGUGGGAGGAUUAAAGCAAGAGGAUCGUCGUAUGUUGAUGCCACGCUUUUGGUUGAUGGAUUUGAGGUUUUUCAUGAUUUGUUUUAUUUGAUUGAAGAUGUUGCUGCUGGUAAAGUUCCAUUUGAUACUGUUUCUUCUAUUAAAGGAAGAUUUGGCCUCUUUUUCAUCAAAAUUCCAAUCCAGACUAAAGUGUCAUGUGAGGUAGAUGUAAAUCCAAAAGACCAGACAAUCGUUCAUCAAAAUUGCUAUCCUGAGUGACUUAGAUGGCUAUACAAGAAGCUGCAAUUAAUCAAUCAGUAAUGAAGAUGCUUCUCGCUCGAUAGUCUUGAGGUGUAAAUUUCAGAAGGUAUCUAUGUGAGUUUCGCAGGAUCUGCAUAUCGUGUGGAUAUUAAUGUACAUUAUAAUAAUUAUUAUUGUACAGGGGUUGUGUGCAGUUUCGAAGUCAAUAUUAUUCUAAUUACAUCUUACACGAUCAAUCACAUUGAGAAAUCUAUAUGUUCUGUAUACGAGUAUACCACGCUUGAUUGUAUCACCACAGUUCUCAGUAUGCACCUCUGUUUGCUUGACUGCAAUGCUUGGUUUUGGAAUGUCAUAAUCAAUAAACUCCUUUUUGUUCUCUUUUAA